CACAGCGUUGAUCAUCUGCUCUCUCUACGGACAAAUCCUCUAUUUACCUUGGUAGCCAUUGCUUAGCUGGCUGGCUUCUGACCCUGGUGCAAUCCGCCCAUUCAGCUGGUCGGUCGCAUACAGCUCCGUCGGCAGCGCCUCCAGACCUCCCUCGACAUCUCCACCUCGCACCUAUACAGGCCCCUCCCCACCUUCAUCACCUCCACCACCACAAUGCCCCCUCUCACCCCCGCCGAAGCGGAGCAACACCAAGCGCUGCUCGACCAGCUCGACAUCGCCGCCAUCCCGCGCUCCUUCCGCAACUCACACUGGAAGCCCUCGCAGCGCCGCAACAAGAACGUCAAGCAGAUCAUCUCGGAGAACUCGCGCAAAGAAGCGUCGGUGAUGGCCACGCAGAGCAAUUCCGGCGCGACGACCCCGCUGCCCGCGACCUCGGUCACCACCACCGACGGCAGCCAGACCCCUGCCGAAGGCAUCCCCCGAACCAACAUCGCGCAGGCCGCCCAGAACCUCUCCACGCUGGUGCUGGAGAAGAACGCCCGCGCCGCCGCAUACACCUCCGGGCCGGCAGUGACCUACACGAACAUCGAGUCGGCGCCCUCGCUGCACCCGUCCCAGCAAACCCGCUACUGCGAUAUCACGGGCCUGCCGGCGCCGUACACGGAUCCCAAGACCCGGCUGCGGUAUCAUGACAAGGAGGUGUUUGGGGUGAUUCGCACCCUGGGGCAGGGCGUGCCGGAGAGUUAUCUGGAACUCCGGGGUGCGCAUGUGGUGCUGAAAUGAGGUUACGACUUUGCUUGCUGCGUGCUACGGACGGGAUGUUUUGUUUUUUGUUUCUACGGUGUACGAUAUUUGGACAAUACCAAUGGUUAUAU